AUGUUCCGCCCGAGCGGAAGUGGCUUCCGCCAGAAGCUAGUGGGCUUCACUCUGAAGGGUGCUCUCUAUGGGUCAUGGAUCCUGGGCAUAUUUCCCUUCACCUACGACAGCUGGACGCGGAAAUUGCAUCGUUCCAAGUGGUUAAUUGCGUAUGGCCUCGUCCUGACCACAGUCCUUGUUGCGCUGGUGUGGACAAACGAUACGGAGACCGAGACUCCGAUGAGGAUGGAAGUGUUCCAUAGAAACCCACUUGCCGAGCAGGUCAAUGGUAUUCACGAUAUCCAGAGUCUUUUUACGGUGGCCUUUAUACUGCUUAGAGGCUACUGGAAGAGCGGCGAUAUAGAGAGGAUAUUUAAUGAGCUGCUGGACCUCCAACAUCGCCACUUUCGACACUAUCCGUUGGAGGACUGCUGCAGCUUCGAUAGAUUUGUGGUAUACAAAGGCGUCUCUGUGGCGGUAGAGUUUAUAUCCAUGGUGAUUUUGGAGCUGGGCAUGUCACCGAAUUUCAGUCAGCAGCUUUUGGUAGGAGUCACCAGCUUGUGUCUGAUGCUACUCGGCGUCCUUCUGGGUGCUUCACACUUUCACUUGGCUGUGGUCUUUAUCUACCGAUAUGUAUGGAUCAUUAACAGGGAUCUGUUGAGGCUGGCCAAUGAGUUGGCUGAUGGAAAAGAGGUGUCAUCGGAUCGAGUGGAUUACCUGCUCGGCUUGUAUCAUCGCCUGCUGAACAUCAAUACGCGCCUGUCGGACAUCUACGACUAUCAAAUGGUUUUGGUAAUGGCCAGUUUUCUGAUUGCCAAUGUUAUGGGCAUCUACUUUUUCAUCAUCUACACCAUCAGCCUGCACAAGGACUGGGAUUAUAUGAUACUAUUUGUGAUACCCCAGGCCAUGAUCAUUAAUAUGUUCGACUUUUGCCUCAGCAUUGCUGUCUGUGAUUUGGCUGAACGAACUGGCAGGCAAACGUCUACCAUUCUUAAGUUAUUCAAUGACAUAGAGAAGCUUGAUAAAAAAUUGGAUAGAAGUAUUACCGAAUUCGCCCUUUUCUGCAGUCAUCGGCGCCUAAAAUUCCGUCAUUGUGGCUUAUUUUAUGUGAAUUACGAGAUGGGAUUCCGCAUGGCCAUCACCAGCUUCCUGUACCUGCUUUUCCUGAUUCAGUUUGAUUUUUGGAACCUGUGA